GAACGAAAGUGCCAGUGCCGGAAGCGGUUCUACCCGGCGGUGUUUCCCGGACGCACCAAUCCUUUCCUUGUAGUCGUGCGGCGGCUAGACGGGAUCGCCGGCGGCUGAAGCUUGAGCGCGAGCUACUAACCGCCGCACGCAGCCCCACGAGCUAGGCCGCCAUGCCACAGAACGAUUACAUAGAGUUACACCGCAAGCGAUAUGGUUAUCGCUUGGAUUACCAUGAGAAGAAGAGGAAGAAGGAGGGCCGUGAGGCUCAUGAACGGUCAAAGAAGGCAAAGAAAUUGAUUGGGUUGAAGGCCAAACUCUACCAUAAGCAGCGCCAUGCUGAGAAGAUACAAAUGAAAAAGACCAUUAAGAUGCACGAAAAGAGAAACACCAAGCAAAAGAAUGAUGAGAGAACCCCAGAAGGAGCUGUACCAGCAUACCUGUUGGAUAGAGAGGGCCAGUCCCGGGCUAAAGUUCUCUCCAACAUGAUCAAACAGAAACGAAAAGAAAAAGCUGGGAAAUGGGAAGUUCCUGUGCCAAAAGUCCGUGCACAAGGAGAAACAGAAGUUUUAAAGGUGAUCCGUACGGGAAAGAGGAAGAAGAAGGCCUGGAAGAGGAUGGUUACCAAAGUCUGCUUUGUUGGGGAUGGCUUUACUCGAAAACCUCCUAAAUAUGAACGAUUUAUUCGACCAAUGGGCUUACGUUUCAAGAAGGCUCAUGUAACACAUCCUGAACUUAAAGCUACUUUUUGUCUACCGAUACUUGGUGUAAAAAAGAAUCCCUCUUCCCCUCUGUACACAACAUUGGGUGUAAUUACCAAAGGUACUGUCAUUGAGGUGAAUGUGAGUGAGCUUGGCCUUGUGACACAAGGGGGCAAAGUUAUCUGGGGGAAAUAUGCACAGGUAACCAACAAUCCAGAAAAUGAUGGCUGCAUUAAUGCAGUCCUGCUUGUUUGAUGGGGGCUUUACUAAAUAUUGCACAUGGACUCUUGCAAAAUUGAGGCGAGUAAAUCAAGAAGCUUGCGAGCAAUUUAAGACUUUUAGCUUCCCAAAAACCAAGCGUCAAACUUGAACCUAAGAGAGGAAGAUCAAAGAACUUAAACAAUCAAGUUCCUGAAAAUUUUACAAAUAUUAAAGCCCAAUGGUAUAUAAACUGUUUGUUCCAUUGAAUGUUACCAGAAUAAAGUCAAUGAGCUUUCCAAUUU